CAAAGUAUGAAGUUUGCGCAUACGUUGCAACUGAAUGCAGUGCCAGAAUGGCUGGACAAAUACGUUAGCUAUGAAUCACUGAAAAAGUUGAUAUUUCAAUUAGAAAAAGAGCAUGUGGAUGAUAUCAACAAUAAUACUGAUCCUGAGAAGAUUAUUGAACAUAAAGAAAAUGGCGAGCACAGAUUUUUAAAUGCACUUGACCUUCAACUUGAAAAAGUGUUUGAUUUUUAUACACAAAAGGAAUCCGAGCUAUAUCAAAUACUCGAUCAAUUGGAAUCAGAAAUCAACGGAGAGAGAGGAUAUGACUAUCCAAAGAAACAAAGUGUUACACCCCUAGAAGACUUGGACUCUACAUAUAACGCACCCAACAGUAGAGCAUCUACUCAGGAAAAGGAUUAUACAAUAACUCGAAAACCCUCUCGGUUCUCAAGAGCCUCAAUAGCCUCACGAACCUCACGAACCUCCCGUCGUGAAUCUCGUCUGUCAAUGGAAUCCCGCAUGUCUGUGGAUAACCGAGAAGAUGAUGUACUUGUACAGCACCUCUCUGAUGUACGAUCACAGCUUAUUCUUUUAUACAUUUCUCUUUCUGAACUCGAAUCCUAUCUUGAAUUGAAUCGUACGGCCUUUGAAAAGAUUUUAAAGAAAUACGAUAAAGUGCUCGAACGCAAUUUGAGACCACAGUACUUGAACAAGAUGGUCAUGGACAGUCGACCGUUUAUGCCUCAGACGAUGGAAACCCUUCGUGGUCAGCUUUCCCGGGUUGAAGAUAUAUUUGCCAAUACAUUCUGUGGAGGAAACCACACGAUUGCACUUCGACAGAUGAAAAGCCAUCUUCGUGACCAGAUCACGUUUGAGCGUAACACGGUUUGGAAAGAUAUGGUCCGCCAAGAACGUAGAAAACAUGACACCAAAUUAAUUGAACCCAAGUUGAUCAAGACAUACAGAAUUCCCUUUACCCACCUUCGAGUCAGCAGCAGUUUGAUCUGGCAGCUCGUCAGUUUUCUCGUUGCCAUUGCGGCCCUUAUCGUUCUGCUUUUAGUUGAUACCUUUGGCAGCCGUCAAGAAAACUAUUGUUUUGCUCUACUUAUUUUCGCGGCCAUCAUGUGGGCUACGGAAGCCAUUCCGCUGUAUGCCACGUCUUGUUUGAUUCCAUUUAUGAUUGUGCCAAUGGGUAUCAUGCGUAACCCAGAUGGUUCCUCUAUGACAGCCAAAGCAGCAGCCAAGGCGGUCUUUGCCUCCAUGUUUAGCGGAACGAUCAUGAUGCUUCUCGGAGGCUUUGCUUUAGCCGCUGCUCUCUCUAAAUAUGGUAUUGCCAAAGCAUUUGCAUCUCAUGUCCUGAGCCGUGCAGGCACUCGUCCUCGAUGGGUAUUAUUGGCCAUCAUGUUCGUCUCUGGCUUCCUUAGCAUGUUCAUCUCAAAUGUGGCCACACCCGUUCUCUGCUUUUCUCUCAUUGAUCCCAUCCUUCGUACUCUGCCUGACCGAUCACGCGUUGCGCCCUGUUUGAUUCUCGGCAUUGCUCUUUCUAGUUGCAUCGGCGGUAUGACAUCACCUAUCUCAUCUCCCCAGAACAUCGUGACCAUUCAGUACCUUAAUCCUAACCCCGGAUGGGGUCUUUGGUUCGCUCCUGCUCUACCUAUCGCCAUUCUCUCCAUGUUUAUUUGCUGGUCCCUCCUCCUGCUCGUGUACCGCCCUGCAAGCGAUACUCCUCACCUGAACACCAUCAAGCCGACCAAGGAAAGCAUCACGUGGAAGCAAGUCUUUGUUCUCCUCAUCACAAUUGCCACUAUUGCCCUCUGGUGUGCUGAAACUGCGAUGGAAGAGUAUAUCGGUGAUACAGGUGUCAUUGCAGCCAUUCCGCUGUUUGUCUUUUUUGGCACAAGCAUCCUCACCAAGGAAGACCUCAACAGCUUUUUAUGGUCUGUAGUCGUAUUAGCUCAAGGCGGUAUGGCACUUGGUAGUGCCGUGACCUCGUCUGGUUUGUUGCAAGAUAUCGCUGUUCGACUCAAGAACGGUAUUUCCGAUUUGAAUGUGAUUGCCAUCUUGGCCAUUUUUUGUUUCCUCAUCCUGGUCUUUGCUACCUUUGUCUCGCACACCGUGGCUGCACUAAUCAUUGUUCCCAUUGUCCAACAAGUUGGUCAGCAAUUGCCCGUGCCACAUCCCAAUCUGCUUGUUAUGGGUGCUGGUUUGGCAUGUUCGGCCGGUAUGGGCUUACCCGUAUCUGGUUAUCCCAACAUGUCUGCUGUCAUGCUUGAAGAUCCGUCCGGAAAACCUUAUGUGACGACAAAGGAUUUUAUCAUUACUGGCAUUCCCACAAGCAUUAUUUGUACCUGUUUGAUUUUCACGUUAGGCUAUGGUAUUAUGUCUGGUAUUGGCUAUUAG